UCUGCUAAUGAUAAGUGCUUUCAUUGAUUCCCCGUUGACUAGCUUUAGUGCCACAUCGAUUGUUCAAAUGUGACAUGCAUUUAAUCAUCGUUCAUUUGCUAUGCAAUUUGUGCCACCAAAAACCGUUAUUUCACUGUGUAGCUUUGUGAUCCAAAUGUAUUGUACUUAUAGUGCAAGGUCAAGUAGUUGUGAAAGUGUAUGACAGGGACUAGAGUGUGAAAUUCUGCCUUUUUGUUUUUAAAUUACUUUCUGUAGGCUUUCUGCUCAUAUGGCUAGACAUGUAAAAUGGUAGGAAGUAUCUAUUAUAUCUUUGAGAGAGAGUUAUAGCACCUGACAAUAAAUAGGCACAUGUGAGCUUGUCUUGUAAUGCAUCUAUGGCAUGCGAGUAAAUUUUGUGUAUGUCUAGCUCUUUGGAAUUGCAAAUUGAACAAAUAAAUUUCUCCUGAACUCGUCCUGGGUUUUCAAGAUGGAAUGGGAGGGUAGUUUGCUUUAGCAUACAGGUGUCGAUUGUUUGAUGACGUGAGUAAGCCAACAGUAAUGAUGUGGCUUCUUUGUACUAAAAGGGGUUACAAGGAUAGAAUAUUUAGCUUUAUCUAUGGCCCAUGUUAAAAGCAUGCAAGAUAGAUUACCCAUGCAAAAACAUGCUUCAACCUUCUGUUGGUUGGCCUUGCAAGUGAUUUGAGUUAAAGUAGUAUGAAGAAACAUAAGUGCAUAUUUUGUUUGAAGUUUAUUGGUGUUGUGGCCCCAAAAGUGCCAUCGAAGAUGGUUUUCUAUUUUUUAUAUUGUCAUCCUCAAGAUCUAUUGGAACAAACUUCUAGUUCCUGAGAGUUGAUGUUCACUUUGUGUACUGUAUAAAUAGUUUUUGAUCUACACAAUGAUUGUAUAUAAGAUUGUUUGCCACUGGCACAGCUCACAAGUUGUAGAAGCUAAUGAGUGUAACACCAUAUUAUCCAAUGUAGCAGAGCCAAGAUAGGGAGCUCGCCCCAGGAACGACUCUUUUACAAAAAGUUGAGUUGUAUUUCAUGAGCACAGACCCUCAAUUUGUGUUUUUCCUUUUACGUACCUUUGGUGUUUACCCCAUUGCCUUCUAUCAUUGCUCGGUUGCUUAAUGGUAUUUCUGCUAGUGCCAACCUAGAUUCUUUCAUUGGUACCAUAGCUACUCGUGAUAUCUCAGUUUCUUAGAAUUAUGAAUAUUGAACAUUUUGUUUUGAGAAUAGAAUAUUGAACACUAGAUUCUGGGAACUCGCAGAUGUGCUAGAGCAAUCCUCAGAUGGUCGUUCUGGCUUCUAAGCCAGGCUCAGGGACUCAGGUUAUGGGUCUAAACGCUCCCUCCUAGGCUUUUUGGGAUCCAUAUAAGAGCUUGAAACUGCAAGAUUUGGGUUUCAAGUUGGUGGUCCUUUUGGCAGGAAAUGCUGUUGUGGGAGUAGUGGGCUUUGCUUUACAGAGGCUUUGCUUGUGGAUAUCAGUUCACUUGUCUACAAGAGCCAUUUAUCUUUUGCAGGAUAUUAUAUUGCCAUGUGUUAUAUAUGAUAAUAUUAUUACAUUUCAGGUCUAAUACCACCAAUAGUUGUUUGAGGGAAAUCUUACACUGUCCAAGUGGCACAUACUCCACCUUGCUAUUUUAAUGUCGAGUUGCCUUAACCAUGUAUGUUGGCUUUGAAUGUCUAUCGUGUCAAGACUAUGAAAGAUCUUUGAUUUUUCUUCAUCUUUCUUUUCCUGCUCCCUUCUGUUGUUUAACCUAUAUGCGCCAUUGGAGUAGUGAUUUAUACCAAUACAUUAAUUGUCCUUGUAUAUUCUAGUGAGUAAUAGGUGCUUUAGAUUUGCUUGUUCAUAUCUUUUAUUUCCUUGACUAGAAGACAAUCAGAUCAACCGAGCUACCGUUAUUACUAUAUAGCAACAAAAUCGUACAAUCAAUUAUUUUCUUUAUGGAUUUGAACACCAUAGAUUCCAGAAGCAAUGUUUUUCUUUGGCUUUAUAAAUUAUGAAGGUGUUACUUGUGUUACUUCUGAAUAAAGGUCUGUUUAUGCUUAAAGAGUUUCAUUUGUCAACUUAUAAGUUGGUGUCAUAUUAUGACAUGCUUCAAUACUAGUUGUUUUUUCAUUGUUGUUGCAUAAAAAUUAGGAUAUGCUCGUGGCUUUAGUUUUCUUUUAUGUGUUUCUGUGUAAUGCAAGUCUCUUGCUGUUCUUUGGAAAUGGCUAAUCAUGAAAUGAAAGCUGUUAGCAGGUUCAAACCCUCCGAUUUACUAGUAGUAUCGUGUCAAUCUGCCAUUUAUAUCGACUGAUGUUCAAGUAAGCUUAGGUUCAUUAGAAAAGGUACAAAACCUAUCCUUCAUUGUCGCCUGAAUUCGGAUUACAUAGUUUGGUAUGGAAAUCUCUGCUGCUUUUAAUUGUUACUUUCUUCUCCAGGUCGGUUCUUUUGAAUAUGCAAACAAAGAUUUUCGUAACUUCAGCAGCUGCAAUUUCACACUCUUAACAUUAAAACUUCAUGUUCUGAAGAACUUAAUAUGUGGUUUUGGCCUUCGGUUACACAUAUUGAAGAAUAGUUCUUGCAUUUAUGGAGUGUUCUCUUUGUUCGAUUCUAUCCUUACAUUAUAAAUGCUUUAGUCAUUGUAAGGGAAAACUUGCAAAUAGUGGAUUCCAUUUGCAUCACACUAGAGAUGAAUUUAGAUGGGAUGACUUGCAAAUCUUGAUUGUCUGCAGGAGGUAUAAAGACAAAAAGGAAGGAGCUGUAGAGCCAGAGGUGGAUCCAGAAAGAGAUCAGCGGACUGUCUUUGCAUAUCAGAUAUCUCUGAAGGCUGAUGAAAGAGAUGUUUAUGAGUUUUUCUCAAGGGCUGGCAAGGUUCGAGAUGUACGCCUUAUUAUGGACCGUAACUCAAGACGUUCUAAAGGAGUUGGGUACAUUGAAUUUUAUGAUGCAAUGUCUGUCCCUAUGGCAAUAGCACUCUCGGGUCAGCCUCUUCUUGGUCAACCGGUGAUGGUCAAACCAUCAGAAGCUGAAAAAAAUCUUGUACAGUCCACUGCAACUGCUGCUGGAGUUGCAGGUGGUACAGGUGCAUAUGCAGGGGGGGCUAGAAAGUUGUAUGUUGGCAAUCUGCAUUACAAUAUGAAGGAAGAUCAACUUCGGCAGGUAUUUGAAUCAUUCGGCACUGUAGAGCUGGUGCAGCUACCUACUGAUGAGACAGGGAAUUGUAAAGGUUUUGGUUUUAUUCAGUUUGCACGUCUUGAAGACGCCAGAGCAGCGCAGAGUUUAAAUGGACAGUUGGAGAUUGCAGGUCGAAUGAUGAAGGUUUCUGCUAUUACUGAUCAAUCUGGAAUGCAAGAAAUGGGUGUCAAUCCUGGUGAUUUCGAUGAUGAUGAUGGCGGCGGCCUGUCUCUGAAUGCACGUUCUCGAGCACUUCUCAUGCAGAAGUUGGAUCGUAGUGGAACCACAACAAGUGUUGUUGGAUCGCUACCAACCGCACCUAUUCUUGGUGGUGUGCCUGGCGUUGUUCCUCUUCAACAGGCUCCAUUUUCGGCCCUUUCAACAAUCCCUGGUGCCGCUCUUUCUGUUCCACCUGUUACCAUUCCAUCUGCAGAAAGCGUUGGUGUUCCGAGUGAAUGUCUAUUGUUGAAGAACAUGUUUGAUCCUGAAUUGGAGGACGAACCAGAUUUUGAUCUAGAUAUCAAGGAGGACGUUCAAUCAGAAUGCUCAAAACAUGGAAAGCUAAGGCAUAUCUAUAUCGAGAAGAACAGUGCUGGAUUCGUGUAUUUGCGAUUCGAGAAUACUCAAUCUGCAGAAGCUGCUCAGCGCGCUCUUCAUGGGAGAUGGUUUGCUGGAAAAAUGAUCACCGCUACAUUUAUGGUUCCACAAGACUACGAGGCCAAAUUUCCCGACAGCAUCUAGCGGAUGUAUCGAAAAUUUUCAAUUGUUUUUGGUUUUACAUCUUAAAGUGUAUGGAUCCAUAAGGUGUGUAGAAGAAGGAAAGUUUGAUACUUUAUUCAUGUUAAGGAUGUAUAAUCGUUAAUGCAUGUAGUACAAUUUAUUGAUGCAGCUUUACCUA